GGUGCAGGAAGUGUGUGUAAACCAGAGACGGAAACUGCGGCCAAAGGAUCCAGCAAAGAGAGAGAGAGAGAGGGGGGGGAGUUAAUAGAGGUAGGGAGAAGAUAUAGGAGGAAUUCAUCUUUUCGUUGCAAGAUGUGGAAAGCUGCUGCAGGUCGCACUAUUUCGGUAACGGCAUCAGAUGAUGGAGAUGAUUGGGACACAGACCCUGACUUUGUGAAUGAUUUGUCUGAAAAGGAGCAGCGAUGGGGUGCCAAAUCAGUUCAAGGAUCUGGACAUCAGGCACACAUAAACUUGCAUGAGCUGAGGGAAAAUGUGUCUCAGGAGCAUAAAUCUCUUAAACAGAAAGAAUUAGCAGAUGGGCCAAAGGCAUCCCAUGGAUAUGGAGGAAAAUUUGGAGUCCAAGAUGAUCGUAUGGAUAAGUCAGCUGUUGGACAUGAAUAUGUUGCUAAACUCUCCAAACACUGCUCUCAAACUGAUUCUGUAAAGGGAUUUGGUGGAAAGUUCGGUGUACAGAAGGACAGGGUCGAUAAGUCUGCUGUGGGCUUUGAAUAUGAAGGCAAGACUGCCAAGCACGCGUCACAAAAAGACUACAGUACUGGUUUUGGGGGGAAGUAUGGAGUGCAAGCAGACCGAGUGGACAAGAGCGCCCUAGGCUUCGAUUACCAGAGCAAAACUGAGGUUCACGAGUCCCAGAGAGAUUAUUCCAAAGGAUUUGGUGGCAAGUAUGGAGUGGAAAAGGACAAAGUGGACAAAAGUGCUGUUGGCUUUGAAUACCAAGGAAAAACUGAAAAGCACGAAUCUCAAAAAGACUAUGUCAAAGGUUUUGGUGGAAAGUUUGGGGUCCAGACAGAUCGACAGGACAAGAACGCCUUGGGCUGGGAUCACCAAGAAACGACGCAACUUCAUGAAUCUCAGAAAGACUAUAAGAGAGGUUUCGGCGGGAAAUAUGGUGUUGAGACAGAAAACCAGGACAAAUCUGCGGUGGGGUUCGAUUACAAGGAAAAGCUGGCCAAGCACGAGUCUCAACAAGACUAUUCAAAGGGAUUUGGUGGCAAAUAUGGAGUUCAAAAAGACCGAAUGGAUAAGAGUGCAGCGUCCUUUGAUGAUAUUGAGCGGUUGGCACCAGCUUAUCAGAAGACUAAGCCAGUGGAAGCUGCCAGUGCAAGUGCGAGCAGCAUCCGUUCCAAGUUUGAGAACAUAGCCAAAGCGAAAGAGGAGGAGGAUAGAAAGAAGGCUGAAGAAGAGAGAGCUCGCCGUCGCGCCAGUGAGAAGCUAGAGCAGGAGGAAGCCAAGAGGAAAUUGGAGCAGGAGCAAGAAUUGGCAAAGAAACAAGCUGCUGUAUCGACACCAGCUCGCGACCCUGCUCCAGCUCGCGACCCUGCUCCAGCUCGGGACCCUGCUCCAGCUCGGGACCCUGCUCCAGCUCGGGACCCUGCUCCAGCUCGGGACCCUGCUCCAGCUCGGGACCCUGCUCCAGCUCGGGACCCUGCUCCAGCUCGGGACCCUGCUCCAGCUCGGGACCCUGCUCCAGCUCGGGACCCUGCUCCAGCUCGGGAACCUGCUGCAGCUCACGAACCUGCUCCUGCUCCUACUCCUGCUCCAGCACCUGUUAACGAACGAAGAUCUCCUAGCCCAGUUUAUGAGGAGCCACCGGUGCAUGAAGUAGAGAAUCACCAGGAGAACCAAUAUUCGGGCAUCUAUGAAGCAGAGCCCAGCUAUAGCCCUGAUGAACCACACUACCAGGAAGCAACAUAUGAACAAGAAGCAGUUUACCAGAUGCCUGAUGAAAGUCAAGAUUAUCAAAGAGAUGAGCCCACUUAUGCAGAAUAUGGAAAUGAGUAUGGAAUCACAGCGGUGGCUUUGUAUGACUACCAGGCUGAUGGCGAUGAUGAAAUUUCAUUUGAUCCGGAUGACACCAUCACCAAUAUCGAAAUGAUUGACGAAGGAUGGUGGCGAGGGGAAUGCCGAGGCAGAUACGGUCUCUUUCCUGCUAACUACGUUGAACUGAAACAGUGAAGUGCUCAGACCACUGGUUUAAAUAGAACGUCAGAAUGCACAAUUCCAAUUUAGUACAGCAUGAAUUGUGUUCAGUAUCGGGAAUAAAGUUUUCUUUUUCUCUUGAGUUGCAAUUAUACAUUGCAUAAUAUCCAGUCUUCAGACGCACCGGGGAAAAGAGCUUCAAGUUAAUAUUUGACACGCCUUUGGGAAAAAAAGGGUGUGUUAGUGUGCUUUCGUAUAUAAAGUAAAAUGCACUUUCUAAUUGAAGAGAACCCCUAGUGGUUUGAACCAAUGUGGCAAUUGUGUGGGGGAAGGCUGAUUUUAAGUCUAUGGUUGGGUGCUUCCGACAAAAUAAGACCAAUCGCUUCUUGUUGACCAAGUUUAAACUUUAACUGAUAUGGAACCGGUUGUAUAUCAUUACCCAGCCUAAUCCUUAGUCUCAGCCAUGUGGUUAGUUGGCAAUACUGAUACUUUGUCCACUUACUAAUGGUAAAAUCAAUUAACUUUUUUUUUAGAGUUAUUUUUCCCUCCCCUUGAUGGAGUCUCAGUAGUCUGCUUGAAACUAUAUUUGCUGAAUCAUGAAUGGGUUUGGGUUUUUAUAAUAAAAGUUGCCUUUUUCAGUACUUUGUUUAUCAAGCAUUAAACUGGUUUUAUUGCACUA